GACCGGGAUCGGGACCGGGACCCGCACCGGGACCGGCGCCCCAUGGAAGGGCAGCGGCUGCGGCCGGAGCGGCUGAAGUUUGCCCGGAGCGAGGGAUGAGCGAUGGAGGGGCCGAGCCCGGCGGGAGCCCCGUGCUGCUGGCCGAGCCCGCGGCCACCGGGCGGGCCCGGGAGAAGGCGCCGACCCGGGCGGAGCUGGAGAGCGCCCUGCGCGGCGGCGGCGGAGGCGGCGGCGGCGGCUUCAAGGACAUCCCCGGAACGUCGGCGGUCAGCCCCGGCUCCUCCAAGGAGUGCGCCCCGGACACCGAGAGCCCGUCGGGGACCGGCGAGGCGGAUUACUGCCGCCGCAUCCUGGUGCGAGAUGCCAAAGGGACGAUCCGGGAGAUCGUGCUGCCCAAGGGGCUGGACCUGGACCGGCCCAAGAGGACCCGCACGUCCUUCACGGCGGAGCAGCUCUACCGCCUGGAGCUGGAGUUCCAGCGCUGCCAGUACGUGGUGGGCAGGGAGAGGACGGAGUUAGCGCGGCAGCUCAACCUCUCCGAGACCCAGGUCAAGGUCUGGUUCCAGAACCGCCGCACGAAGCAGAAGAAGGACCAGAGCAGGGACUCUGAGAAACGCUCCUCCACCACCUCCGAGUCCUUCGCCACCUGCAACAUCCUCCGGCUGCUGGAGCAGGGCCGGCUGCUGUCGGUGCCGGCCCCCCCCAGCCUCCUGUCCCCCGCCUCCAACCCCCUCGCCAGCCCCGCGGGCAACGGCUCCGGCCUGGCCACGCCGGGCCCCGCGUCCCCCGGGCUGGGCGGCGGGAGCAGCCCCCCGGCAGCGGCAGCCUUCAGCCUGCAGGUCCCGUCUCUCGCCUCCUCGUCCUCCUCCUCCUCCUCCUCGCCGCGGCUGCCGGGGGGGCCGCUGUGCUUCGGGGGGCCCCUGCUGGGCAGCCUGCACGACCUGCCGGGCGCGUACGGACUGGGCACCUCCGCCUUCGAGCCUUACACGCGGCUGGAGAGGAAAGACAAUUCUAUACCCAGCAAGAAGCCGAGCCCUUAAAUCAAAACGAGUGUCAAAAGGUGUCGUGUCGUCCCCCCUCCUCCGCCGUCCCCUGCGCCCCCCGCGCGCCCCGCGCCCCGCGCCGGGGCCUCGUUCGGCUCGUGGGAUGCGGGAGAUGGUUCGUCCCGAUGGGAAUGUGCACGCCCGGCCCCCGCCCCAGGCACAGCGCCGGAGCCGUGGAUGUCACACACGGGGGGUCCCCGGGGGUCCCGUGUCACCGGUGCUGCCCCGUCCCUCACCGACGCCGCUGGACCUGCCGCCGCCCCCCCCUCCAGGUACCGCCCGCGGUCUGUGCCGGGGGAGCGGCAGCUCGGGGGGGGAUCGGGGGGUCGCCGCUGCCCCGUGGGCUUUCGGUGCCUCUCACGGGUGGGACCGCGGAGCUCUGACCCCCCCGGACUGUCCCCCCGGGGUCCGCGGUUUUGGGGUCACCCCGGGGGGCAGGAGGGGGCCCCAAAAGGGAGAGCGCAGGGUGGCGCCGGGCUCUGUCCCCGCCCGGCCGGGGUGUCCCUGGACGAGGGCCGUGCCUCAGUUUCUCCACCUGCAAAGGGCUGCGUGUCCUACCCGAGGUCUCCUCGCAGCAUCCCGGUGGCCGUGGGCUCCAGGCGCUGCUCCCGUGGGAUACUGGUACUUCCAGGGCACAGCUGAGGGAGGUCCGCCGGGUCCGGGGGGGUGAGUGAUGUCCUCAACCCCCCCAGGGGUCCCUGUGAUGGGACCAAGACGCUGCCCCUACUCGUGGGACAUCCCCAGGCUCCUCCUCUGCUCGUGCAGAGCCAAAGCACCGCCCUGCACCCGCUUCGGUGCCGUCCCAGCCUGGCAAAUCCCUCAGGGGCCCCCUCCGACCUCCCCGAGGGGGCUGUGGGGAACCGGGGACCGACCACCGUCCUGAACCCCCCCAAGGAGACCCCCCGAGGGGGACGUGGCAGAGUUGUGGACAGUUGCGACACUGGGAUCUGGCCC